GAGGAGUAACUGCACGCAGUUAAAGAGCGCGUGGAGAUCUCACGAGCUCCACACACUCACGGAAACCCAACCGCAGCUACUUCCGCCCACACUAAAGAUGGCGGCUCCCUUCAUGGAGAAAUUAGCCGAAUAUUUAGGUUCACCCGAACCGGCGGUUCGAUUGAUUCUGUCAGUCUUAUUAGGUUAUCCCUUUGCACUGGUGUACCGGUGGUUUUUCUUUCAUCAAUCUGCAACAGUUGUUCAUCUCUUCCACACAUUCUCCGGGCUGGCACUGGCCACGUUUAAUUUUGGGUCUCGGGUCUGUCACUCCUUCUUAUGCAUAGUCAUUCAGUUCUUGUUGCUGAGGCUGAUGGGAAGGACAGUCACGUGCGUUUUGAGUAGCUUUAUCUUUCAGAUGAUAUAUCUGUUGAUGGGUUAUUACUACACAGCUACAGAGGAGUAUGAUAUCAAAUGGACCAUGCCUCACUGUGUGCUCGCGCUCAAACUCAUCGGUUUAGCACUUGAUUAUUAUGACGGUGGAAAAGAACAAUCUCAGCUGAGUGCAGACCAGAAGAAGUCUGCUCUCAACUCUACACCGUCUUUGUUGGAGGUUUUUGGUUUCUCAUACUUCUAUGGAGGCUUCCUGGUAGGGCCUCAGUUUACACUGCAAAACUACCAGCAUCUGGUGUCUCGAGAGAUGUCCGAUGUUCCUGGACAGCCACCCAAUAGUGUGGUUCCAGCAAUGAAGCGAUUCGGUUUAGGUUUGAUCACCCUAUCAGUAUUUGCAAUAGGUGGGCCACACUACUCAGAUAGCUACUACUUAACAGAUGAGUUUGAGGCACAUCCAUUCUGGUACAAGUGUGUGUACAUGCUAGUGUGGGUGAAAAUAAACCUGUAUAAGUACAUCAGCUGCUGGCUAAUCACGGAAGGUGUGUGUAUACUCUCUGGGCUGGGCUAUAAUGGGAAGAACGAAAAAGGGGAGCACCAAUGGGAUGCCUGUGCAAAUGUGAGGCUGUGGCUAUUUGAGACCACACCGCUCUUCACAGGAACCAUCAAUUCCUUCAACAUCAACACAAAUGCUUGGGUUGCCAGGCAAGUGUUUAAGAGGCUGAGGUUUUUGGGUAACAAGUUGUUAUCUCAAAUGUUCACAUUGUUAUUCCUGGCGGUCUGGCACGGCUUGCACUCAGGGUACCUCAUCUGCUUCUCGUUGGAGUUCAUCAUUGUCAAUGUGGAGAGACAGGCUGAGACACUGGUGCGGGACAGUCCUUUGCUGACAUCUAUUGCUCAGAGUCAUCUGUAUCCAUUUGUAUAUGUAGUACAGCAGUUAAUUCACUGGCUCUUUAUGGGAUACCCUCUGGUGCCAUUCUGCCUCUUCACGUACGACAAGUGGCUCAAGGUGUACUCCUCUAUAUAUUUCUCUGGUCACAUCUUUUUCUUCAUUGCCUUUCUCGUCCUGCCAUACCUCCGCAAGGUGUUCGUGCCUCGAAAAAGAGGCAGUGAGAAAAAGGAGGAUUAAUUAAAAUGGUAAAUGUAGCAUCUCGCUCUUCUGAACUCUACUGUUUGUACCACCUGUCUGUUCUCACUGUUUUUCUGAGUGUGAGUGUCACAUCUAUUCUUUCCUGUGGAAUCUAAUGCUGGCAUAUCAGUGCUCAUUUGAG